UGGCCGCUCGUGUGCGAUCGCUGUCAUUAGCUACACACUGCCACACAUACCGGCAGCAAGACAUGACACCAACGAGCUCCAACCUCCUCGGCUCAAGAUGAACUUCACGCUAUGGUUACCUGGGACCACGACUUCUACUCGAGAGUGCAGUGUAGUAUUCCCGAAGCAUUGCCAGCUGUUGGCUGCCACUCAGCAAGGACAAGAACGAUCAUCUUGACACCAUUGCUGUUUUCUACGUCUGACAGUCGCCAUGGACAUCAAAGACGUCGUCAACGCAGAGCCGAAGCCUGGAAAUGGCCAUCAUGUUCAGAUCGAUUUCUGUACCUUGGGCAUGUUCAUCAUUGACGACAUCUAUCCACCACCCAAUGCAAAAGAUCAGACUCCCCAGAAAAAUGUCAUUGGCGGAGCAGGAACCUUCUCAGCCAUAGGUGCCAGGCUCUUCUCGCCGCCUCCACAGUCGAAAUCGGUAGGCUGGAUAGUAGAUGCUGGAACCGACUUCCCAGCCGAGCUGCGUUCGGUAAUCGAAUCCUGGCAGACUGGUGCGUUAUUCCGAGAUCGACCAGCACUGACAACGAGAGGAUGGAAUGGCUACAGUGGUAAUGAGCACCGAGAUUUCAGGUACUUGACUGAGAAGAAACGACUGACAGCAGAUGACUUGACACCGACUCUGCUAGCCUCAAGGUCUUUUCAUUUGAUAUGCAGCCCUUUACGAUGUAUCGAUCAAGUUGAAGGCAUCCUUGCCAAACGUGAAGCCCUUUCCGGACCCCAUCACCCUAGACCGAUUAUAAUCUGGGAGCCUGUUCCGGAUCUCUGCACUCCCUCCGAGCUUCAAAACACCUUUCAGGCACUCAAAUACGUCGAUGUGAUCAGCCCCAACCAUGAUGAGCUCGCAAGUAUGUUUGCCUUUACACAUAACGCCAAAGUGGUCAAGACAGCUAUCGAAAACCAUGCUCAGAGAUUUCUGGAACAUGGAAUAGGACCGGAGAACUCAGGGGCAGUUGUGGUGAGAAGUGGGGCUGCAGGCUGUUUCGUGCUUUCGAGAACUUCGAGGAAAUGGCUGCCGGCAUAUCAUACCAACGCAAGUAGAGUCGUCGAUCCUACAGGUGGUGGCAACGGCUUUCUGGGCGGCCUCGCAGUAGGUCUAGCACGCACAAAUCUGGAUUUUGUAGAGGCAGCAAGGUGGGGAAGUGUGGCAGCCAGUUUCUGCAUAGAGCAGACCGGCAUGCCUAAGCUUGCACAGCCAGCGGGGAGUGGAGAGCUAUGGAAUGGAAAACAGGUCUUUGAAAGGCUGGCCGAGUAUAAGCAACGAAGUGUAUGAAUUCCUCUCCGAAAGUCCAACUUGGAAAACUAUAAAUUCAUCAUAGGCAAAAUACGACAAUCC